CCGGGAUCGUGCUGUCGGCAAUUACGUAUGUCACGCUGAUCAACCAUUCUUUCACCCUGCCCUUCUCCAGCAUUGCUGUAGUGUCGCUACUACAGAACGCCUCUAGGACGUGCCAUCUCCAGGGAGCGCCUUUUAGCCUUCCUCUUCUUAAUCAUCUCGUUGGCGGGAAAACCCAGCCUUCCGCAAGGACACUACUGCACACAAUUGUGCUUCUUAUUAUCUGGUUACUUUUCAUCCCGUCAAAACAGCUGAGUGGGUGGGCAUUUGCGGCCACAGGACUCAAGGCGCUCGAGCUGGCCUCGUGCGAGCUGUUCACGUACCUCGACUCGUCUGUGCUGCUCGAGCUGCUGCUGUUCAAGCAAUUAAUGGCAGUGUUCUCCACGAUUAGAUCCAUCACCGAUCUCCCGGCGGUUUUAUCCGAGAUAUAUGCGAGCCCGGAGCUGGAAACAAAGGUGGCACUCUACAUUGCAAAGAACUACGCUGUCUCGCUCGUGUACAACUACCUACUCAUCAACUACACACCUGCCACCAACUCCAUCAUCGUCGCCUACAUCCAAACAUUGGGAAUAAUUUUGUCAACGAGGAUUUUUCCAACCUGGGGCUAUUUGCCAGGGACGUUCGUAUUUUGAAAACAAUUAAACGAGGUAAACGAUCGACAGGAUAUAAAAAAUAAACGAAAAAAUAAAUCGUACUAUUUAGCUUUUCGGAUCACAUCAUAUAUAUAAAGCCUGUUGUUAGGACUCACUUGGAAUACCUCGUUUCUGAUCCUCAUUGGCUUGAAAGCUUAUUGUCGUGUUUAAUUCUCUCAUUUAAGUUACCAUAGGUUCGUCCGCUACGUCCAGAUGGAUAUUGUGCUAGAGAUUUGCGACACCUUCGUGUUCGACAAGGUGUUCGCCACUUUGCUGCCAAGCUCUUUGGCACGCUACAUGCCGCAAAAACCCAAGGCUAUUGACAACCUGGCUGAAUUUAUCAACAACGGCACUCAGGCCGCUAUUGCCUACUCCGAGGCCGCAAACUUGCCACAGAUCUUCAGCUUCAACAAGGAGAUCUACGGCGUCAACAACAAGUACCACUUCUUUGACGAGAGCCCUUAUGCGCACUUGUCUCUGUUGGGAAGAUCCAACAUCAUCAGGCAGUCGAUUUCCUUGUUUAUCAUCAUGACCAUUUUUGGUUGGCUGCUCUAUUUCAGCGUGGCCGCUUUGUCGUACCAUUUUGUGUACGACAAGUCCAACUUCAAUCACCCAAGAUAUUUGAGGAACCAGAUGUCUUUGGAGAUCAAACAGGCCACCAGUGCCAUACCGGUCAUGGUGAUUCUCACGAUUCCUUGGUUUUUGCUCGAGCUACACGGCCACUCAAAACUAUACUAUGAGGUUAACGAGUCUACUGGUGGAUGGUGGGCCCUGGUGUAUCAACUACCAACCUUCAUCAUGUUCACUGACUGUGGUAUCUACUUCAUCCAUAGAUGGCUGCACUGGCCGUCAGUGUACAAAGUGCUGCACAAGCCUCACCACAAAUGGAUUGUCUGCACGCCCUUCGCAUCCCACGCCUUCCACCCGGUCGAUGGCUAUGCGCAGUCGCUGCCAUACCACUGGUAUCCGUUUUUGUUCCCUCUACACAAGAUAUCAUACCUUUUGCUGUUUACAUUUGUGAAUUUCUGGACCGUCAUGAUCCACGAUGGUGAGUACAUGUCAGACGAUCCUGUUGUGAACGGAGCUGCUUGCCACACCAUCCAUCACAUGUACUUUAACUACAACUACGGCCAGUUCACUACUCUUUGGGACAGGCUGGGUGGUUCUUACAGGAAGCCAGAUAAAGAGCUGUUCAGCAAACAGACCAAAAAAGAUAAAAAAUACUGGGCCAAGCAGACUCAGAACACGGACAAGAUCCGGUCCGAGCUGGAGGGUGACAAGGACGACAGAGAGUACGGUACAGAGGAGGCCAUCCUCAAGAAGAGAACGGGAUUAACGAAAUGAUGAACUAAACCGCUAUUGGAUAGCAUGUAUAGCCUUGUGUUAGUUGCUGUGUAAGGAUUUCGACUGCUAUGGGAAUUUGAACGUUGUAUGAAUAAAAAGAUAUUUCUAUCAAUCUCUAAUUAUUGGCAGCAAUUUUUUUGCCAGUGCGAUGCAUUUCUCCUCCUCGUAUCUGCGGCAAACGAGCUGCAGCACGAUUGGCAUGCCGCGGUAGAACUCCUUGUCAUAAUAUUCCCAACACAAUCUGUCCGCCUCCCCUGCGAAAUCUGUCCUCUCGAACGGCUCGUCUGAGUCUCUCACGUGAGAAACAGGAAGCGUGAUUACAGAAUAGUCCAAGACAUUGAGGAAUCUGGUGUAGAUGUUGGCAAUCUUGUAGUGUUCGCCGAUCUUCCAGGAGGUGCAGGCCCAGCCCGGCAAAAUAAUGCAGUCCACGGGUUUGCCGUUUUUGGUGUGAUGAGCGGUGUCGUUCCAAAAUUUGUCGUACGUUUGUUGGUACUGAUAUUUUUGACCGACUUUGUUGAAAACGUCAUUCAGGUCAAAAACCUGGCCAUUCAGCUGGAACAUCUUGACGAGCAGUUCCGGCAACGGCUCGCCCCCAAGAGCAGCAAAUUUCUUGAUCUCAGCAAAAUCAUCGCAGGUAUAGAUGUCGGUCAAAAAGGUAGCCAUCUCGGCGUGGUUAAGAGGAGGCUCGACGUCAAGACAGUCAAUACCGUGCUCUUGCAAUGAUUUCUCUGCGUGUUCCAAUGCACGCAGAAUUGGUGGGUGUGGCAUGACGAUCUUGUCCCAGUGCAUGAAGCCAACGUUUAUGAUAUCAAGAUUGACACUUCUCCAUGGAAUAGGAGGCACUUUCGCAUCCUGGAACCAUGGCUGAGCAUCAAGCACCACUUUAGAAACAUAUUCCAUGUCCUCCAGGUACCGACACAUUGGUCCUGCCACAGAAGGGACAAUAGGCUGGUUUGGAUACGAAUUGGAAGUUCCCAGAUACGGGAACCGGUUCGAGCAAGGUCUUAGUCCAAAGAGGCCGCACUGCGUAGAGGGGCCACGAAUGGAUCCUCCAAUGUCAGUUCCCAUGCCAAUCACCGACCCUUUCCCAGCCAACAAAGCUGCUUCUCCUCCGCUGGAGCCACCAGGACACUUGCGUCUGUCAAACGGGUUCCUGGUAACUCCCAGGUUCGACGAUGUUUCGCUGCCAAACAUUGCCAUCGGCACGGUCGUUUUAACAUAGAAAAUGGCGCCCGCAUCGUACAGAAUGCGGGCAAGAAGCGACUCCUCGUCUGGGGUUUUCUGCGAGACAAUGCACUCCAACUCUUCAGAUAUAUGCGGAGCCACAUAUCCCAAGGAGGUGGUGAUCCCUUUGAGAUUGAACUGGUCUUUUAAGGAAAUAGGGAUUCCGUGCAGAGGGCCCACAAGCUUGCCGGUUUCCUGGAAGUAUGCAUCCAGCUCCCUAGCACGUUGCAGGGCUCUGUCGUAGAAUAUCUCAAUCAGACAAUCAGUGAGCUGGUGAACAAGGGCAGAACGGUGGCAGAAUGCCUCACAGACUUCCAAGGCCGAGAGCUGUCCGGACUUGAUGUUCUUCAGGAGCUCCAGAGCAGAGACAUUGGUAAUCCACAGCUCCUUUGAAGAUAGGAGCGGUUCUAUGUAUGGCUCCACUUCUUGCUGUUCCUCAGGGGAAGGAAUGUACUUGAGGCGCCAGUCAGCUGGGAUCUUGUCUAGAUUGGAUGCAUGCUUCAGUCUGAUGACAGUUCUGUAGUCUGCCGUCAUCGCGAUGCAACAAAUUUUUACUGCGAUCCUGCCAUGUAACAAAUAUCGAUGCAAUCUACUCCUUGCACCAUGUCAGGUGUCAUUCAUCAUAACAUUAACGCGUAUCAACAUAAAAGGAAUAAAAAUGCCAGAUUCAGGGCCACCACGGCAAUCAGCGACUCGAGAUUGAACGGCUGGAAUCUGUCGAUGGGGUCAGACUCCAACGCGAACGGCGCGGAGACCGUUCUCGUGGCGUCUGCCAGGGUCUGUUUUUUCUGCGAGUAUUCGACGUACAGAAGAGUCACCACGACCAUCACCACAACAUGAACUACCACCACGGGCAUUCCUAACCAAUUAAACGCAUUUAUUGAGUUUCCACGUGUUUUGAAACUAGGCAUUCGACCAAGCGAUAUGUGUAAUAGUAGACUGCAAUCAGGCACGGAUCAGGGCAGCCUUGAAUCUUUUCUAGAGACCAGUACCGUGUUCUCACUCUUUAUAGCAACGUACAAUUCACAACCCAGCAGCGUGCGGGUACGCGAUCAUGAUCCUCAGCCGAUUUGAAAAUUUC